AUGGAAGAACAAGGCGGAAGCUCUGCCCCUAGAGUAAGCGACAAGCGCUUGGCACAAACUCAAGCUAAAGUUGAUGAAGUUGUUGGCAUUAUGCGUGUUAAUGUCGAGAAAGUUUUAGAGAGGGAUCAAAAGUUGUCAGAACUUGACAAUCGCGCUGAUGCACUGCAACAUGGUGCUGCACAGUUUGAACAACAAGCUGGCAAACUCAAAAGAAAGUAUUGGUGGCAAAACUUAAAGAUGAUGUUGAUUAUUGGUGGUAUUGGGGUAGUUUUACUUAUUAUUAUUAUUGUGUGGGCCACAAGCGGUGGCAGCUCUUCUGCACCAGCUCCUACCCCAGCCCCUGCCCCUGCCCCAGCUCCUUAA